AUGAGUAGUAAUACAGCAUCCUCAGUUCCACGUAAACAAGCCGUUGAUAAUGCCAGUAAUCCAAAAGCAGUGACAGUAGUAGCCACACGUGGUCGUGGAGCAGAGAUAUCCGAAGAAAUAUCUUAUACAGAUACAAAAGUCAUUGGUAACGGUUCAUUUGGUGUUGUUUAUCAGGCCAAGCUUGUACAUUCAAAUGAACAAGUGGCUAUUAAAAAAGUUUUACAAGACAAAAGAUUCAAAAAUCGAGAACUUCAGAUUAUGCGACGACUUGAUCAUCAAAAUAUUGUUCAAUUAAAAUAUUUCUUCUUUUCAUCUGGUGACAAAGUAAAUCUCAAAGAAGAAGUUUACCUAAAUCUUGUUCUGGAAUUCAUACCGGAAACAGUUUAUCGUGUUGCACGCCACUAUACAAAACAAAAGCAAACCAUUCCGAUACUCUGUGUCAAAUUAUACAUGUACCAACUCUUUCGGGCAUUGGCUUAUAUACAUUCGUUUGGUAUUUGUCAUCGAGACAUUAAACCGCAAAACUUAUUACUCGAUCCGGACACGUCCGUAUUGAAAUUAUGCGAUUUUGGAAGCGCUAAACAAUUAAUAAAAGGUGAACCGAAUGUUUCGUAUAUAUGUUCGCGUUAUUAUCGUGCACCGGAAUUGAUCUUUGGCGCUAUCGAUUAUACUUGUUACAUAGACGUUUGGUCAUCGGGAUGUGUUUUCGCUGAACUUCUUCUUGGUCAACCCAUUUUCCCGGGUGAAAGUGGUGUUGAUCAAUUAGUUGAAAUCAUUAAAGUAUUAGGUACACCAACUCGUGAACAAAUCCGACAAAUGAAUCCAAAUUAUCAAGAAUUUCGUUUUCCCCAAAUCAAAGCUCAUCCAUGGCACAAAGUUUUUCGUAAUCGUACACCACCCUUAGCAAUUGAUCUCGUCUGUCGACUUCUCGAUUAUACACCAGCAACACGUUUGACGCCACUUGAAGCUUGUGCUCAUGCAUUCUUUGAUGAAUUACGUGAUCCUGACACACGAUUACCAAACGGUUCUCUUCCAGCUCUUUUCAAUUUUAGCCAAUUAGAAUUAAAUAUCAACCCAACGCUCAAUUCACGCUUGAUUCCCGCCUAUAUGCAAGGUCAACAAACAUUAGCAGCUAGUAAUAUGACUGGUUCAUCGUCAAAUCUAACUGCAACGAAUGCAUCAGCUGCAAGUGGCAAUUCGACAGGAGCGUCGGCAGCAACCUUAAGUAGUAGUGAAAAGCCGCUCACGCCCUCGACUUCAACUCCACCACCCUCGGUCGUACCCAAUAUAGCAGCAUCAGGAUCAUCCCCACCGGCAAACACUAAUGUAAAUGGACCUGGAGAAAAUGAUGCAAUGAAUAGUCUCGAUGAACAAGCAACAACAGGCGGUGAUUCAAUUAAUAAAGAUCGUUCUUAA